CGUCUCUGGUAAUAGUUUGCAUAUUGUGCGUGCGCGUGCGUGCGCGUGUGUGUGUGUGUGUGUGUGUGUGUGUGUGUGUGCGUGAGUGUGUGUGUGUGUGUGAGUGUGAGUGUGUGUGCGCUUUGUGGCCAACACAGAGCCACUUCCUGUCUUAUCUGCUCUGCACAGUGCAGUCUGUUGGAGGUUCAGCAACAGCUUUGCGUAUUUCAUCCAAACGGUUCAUUGGUCCUCUAAGACGUCAUCUGAAGUCAAAAUGAAGAUUGCAGCCUUCAAUGCCAAAAACCUGGGAACGAAAAAGGUCUCAGACAAGACGGUCGUUACACACAUUACCAAUAUCAUGUCUCGGUACAGUGUGGUGGUGAUACUGGAGGUGAUGGAUAAGAGCGGUAAAGCCAUGGAGAAGUUACUGAGAGAACUCAACAACAACCGCUCCAACAGGAACAGUCCUUACUCCAUGAAGGCCAGCAGCCAGCUGGGACGAGACACCUACAAGGAGCGCUUUGUUUGUUUCUACAGAGAGGCUGAUAUGACACUGGAAGCUUGUUACCAGUAUGAAGAUAAUCAAGUUGGAGAUGUGGACGCCUUCGCCCGGGAACCCUUCGUCCUGCGCUUCAGGUGUCCAUCUACAGAGGUGACAGACCUGGUCCUGAUCCCAGUCCACACCAAACCAGAGGACUCGCUGAAGGAGCUGGACGAGCUGCAUGAUGUGGUCGAUGAUAUCCGGAAGAAGUGGGGAACUGAUAACAUUAUGAUUUUGGGGGACUUUAAUGCAGAUGGGCGUUAUCUCUCUAAGAAGAAGAAGGAUAAGAUCCGGAUCUCCUCGGCUCCCUAUCAUUGGCUGAUAGGCGAGGAUGUCGACACGACCUCUAGUAACUGUAAUGACAACACCUACGACAGGAUUGUGGUGUACGGCCAGAGCAUGCUGGACGCCAUCGUCCCCCACUCGGCCAAGGCCUUCAACUUCCAGACAGCGUUCAAGCUGACGGAUGAAGAAGCUCUGAGUAUCAGCGACCACUACCCCGUGGAGGUGGAGCUGAAGACCCGUCAGAAACAGAAAGCACCGGGACAAAGGAAGACGGCUCAGAAGAAAGGAGCAGAGAAGAAGGAGACUAAGAGACCAAAAACGAAGAGUGGACCGUCCUCAGACACACCAGCCAAGAGAAGACGUUCCAACAAAUGACAAAGGAACACACUUUAGAGAUCUUUCAUCCAUCCCAGUCCUGUUCUUAGAAUCUGUCCCUUUGGCUGACCAGGACAGGGCUUCACCACUAUGAAGAUGAAUCUUUAGAACGUACAUAAAAACAAAAAAAGUUGAAGAUUACAAGGAAUCUCACUAUAUAUUUUAUUUCUUACUUUUAAUUGGCUGCGAUCUGGAAUUUCUUGAUGAACUGCAAAAAGCUUGUUUUGUUUAACUAUUUAACUUUUCCUUAUAUGUAAAAGAUUUUAUGCAAAUUUGAUUUCUUCGCUCAGAAGUUUGAGCUUCACUAAGCAGAAUCAUUUAUCUUCAGAUUUAGAUUUUGCGAUGUGGAAACUUCCUCAACAACACAGAGAAUCACAUCAGACACAAUUGGCAUUCAAAGCAGAGUCCUUUUUAUUUCUUAUAAAAACAUGUCUUUACAACCUUACAAAAUAAUUCUGCAAGUCUUUUUGAAGACGUAUACAAAUGUGCUAUAAAAUGUACUGUAUAUGACAAAAAUGACUUAAUUUGACAAAAA